AUGCAAGAUCUUAAAUCUCGUCGUCCGUUACCUCUAAAAAGCGACUAUUCCGGAUUGGUGCCUACGUUACUAGAAAAUUUUAGUAACCUUAAAGACUCAGGAAAGCAAAUAGAUACUCAGAUAGCGCUUGAUGGUACCGUUUCAGGAAUAUAUAUCCACGCUUCCAUCGGAAAUUACAACCAACGAGAAAUAAACACUUUUUACCAGUCUAUGCUUCAACAAGAAAUUGCUGAGAUGGAGGUUAUCAAAUUAAAGGAAAAAUACAAUAAGUCCUUCUGUAGCAUGAGAGCUUUUAAAGAAUCAGUAAUGUACAAUAUAUGCAAAAUAAAUUCAAGGCUCAGACAAAUAGUGUCCGAAUUUAAUUAUUUUUCUGAUGAAAAAAUUCAGAUGGAUAUUGUUGAUCCUCAGUGGGCAAUGAUUGAGAAUGUAGAAACUUCUAUACUUAAAGUAGCCGAUGAAGAAAUUCCUGUUCGGCCGUUUAUUCCACCAAGCGAACAAGCUAUUUUGGAUGCUAAAAAUUCUGAAGAAGAAAAAAAUAAAAUAUUGCAUUUAGCAGAGGACUUCCGGGAUACGGCUUUAACGAAUAUGAUGAAUGGUGUUUUAGAAGUUAAAUGGGAGGACGAGCUUAAAAAAAAUGUGCCUAAACCUGAAUGCAUGUUACAGAAGAAAACAGAAUUCUACAAUAAAGAAGAUGUACGUGCAAUAGGCAAUUAUGAAAAAAAAACUCAACAACUUCAAAGCGAUCGCCACAAAUACAAAAGUCUUUUGCAAGAUGAGUUUCAAAAAUUAUCGGUCAACUUAAGAGAUUCAAUAAAAACUUUUAAUCGAAAACUAUCUGAGAGCAACAACUUAAAGUUUCACGUCGAUUCAGGAAUGAAUCAGCAAAAUUUGAUCGUGAACAGGCAAAUUAUAAAACAGAAACAACGGAUUGAAAUCAGCCAAAUGGAGCAAGACAUAAUCCAAAAAAUUAAGCUUCAUGAAGGGCGAGUAGAAGAAAACCAAGCGUAUGCAAUUCUAAUUUAUGAAGCACUGCAAGAAUGUAAAAUAAAUAUGCAGUCGAUGGCAACCAAAGAAAAACAACUGGAGAAGGCUUAUAGAAAAGAUUUUCAAGAUCUGCCGCCAAUUAUACAGGAACAAGCAUUCAAACUCUAUAAAAAAAGGCCAAAAAUAAACUUCCGCAUAAUAUCACCAGCAACUUUACUUAGUGAAUUGGCCAAAGCUGUCCUGACAAUUGAAAUGACUUUUGCGAUGACGCAAGAAUGUGUGGAAUACAUGAAAGCUCUAGAGCAGUUAGAUGCAUACGUUGGAGUACCAACUACGAUUGACGAAAAUAUUUGGAAUUUAAUUUGUAAACAUAGAAGGCAUCGAAUUGAAUAUGAAAUCAGAGUAAGUUAA